CCUGGUGGAGGCCAAAGCUGGCCCUGGUGGCCAUCCUCGUGUCACCUCACCUGGCCAGGGCCUCUGCCCUUAUCUCCUGGUGCCAGCAUCGUCCACUUCUGCUGACCACACCCCCAGGAAGCACUUGUGUGUGUGUGUGUGUGUGUGUUGCAACUGCCAAAACAGCACAGCUGGUUAUUUUUGCAAAACAGAAAAAUAAACGUAGCAGGAGGAUUCAGUGGAAGCCUGGAGCUUGGCUGCUCCCAGGGACUGCCCCCCCGCCUCUGGCAAAUGCAAGACUCUCCUGGAAUCACCAGAUUUCCUGGAAGCUGGCCGCGGAUCACCACUAGCUCCUGACAGUGCUCCUCUCCCACCUGGGCCAGGCGGGCACCUCAGAGCCCUCUGUGCCCAGGGCCAUGGCAAAGGCAGGCAGUGGGGGUGUCUUCCUGCACAGCUGCGCCGUCUCCCUCCUCGCCCUGCAGCUCCUGCCAGCUGGGGAAGGGAAAGCCGAUUUCAAGGUCCUUGGGCCAGACGGCCCCAUCCUGGCCACCUUGGGGGAAGACGCAUUGCUGCCCUGCAGACUGUCCCUCAACCUCAGCGCGGAGGACAUGGAGCUGAGGUGGUACAGGAGCCGGCCCUCGCCCGCUGUGUACCUGCACAGGCGUGGAGCACAGGUGUCCAGAGAGCAGAUGGCAGAGUACCGGGGGAGGACGACUUUCCUGGGCGACCUCCUGGCCAGGGGCAAAGCUGUGCUGAGGAUUCACAACAUCACUGUGUAUGACAACGGGACCUACCACUGCCUCUUCAGGGACGGGAAGCCUCACAGCGAGACCACCCUGGCGCUGCAGGUGGCAGGGCUGGGCUUGGAGCCCAGAAUCCAUGUGACCGAGGACCUGGACAAGGGCAUCCGAGCCGAGUGCACCUCAGCAGGCUGGUACCCAGAGCCUCACGUGGAGUGGAGAGACUUCAGGGGGCAUGCGGUGCCGGCUGUGACCUGUUUCUCAGCCUCAGCCACCACUGGCCUCUUGGCUGUGCUGUCCAGGGUGGCCGUCCCAGACAGGAGCAUGGGGGGUCUCACCUGCUCCAUCUCCAGCCCCCUGCUCCAUGAGAGGAAGGUAGCUGAGAGCCACCUGCCCAUACUGAAAACAUAGGCACAAUUAAAACGACAAGCCCGGGGUGCAAGCUUGGCUCAGCGGUUACAACAUCGCUUGGAUGCCUGCAUCCCAGAUCAUGGUGCUGGGUUCAAGUCCCAGCUCUGUUCCUGGGAGAUGCCAGCUUCCUGCUGAUUGCACCCUGGGAGACAGCAGGUGAUGGCUCAAGUACCUGGGCCCGUGCCACCCACCUGGAGACCCACGGAGUUUCUGAUUCCAGCCUGACCCAGCACUGGCUACUUCCUCCCCCUCCCCCUCCAGCUUCCAUAUAAAAUGAAUACAACUAAGUAAAUAAGUAAACCUCAAGACACUUUAAAAGAAAAAAAGGAGCCCCUUGGAAAAUGGUAGGAAAAAGAAGUAAGUGAGCUAACAAGAUGGACCCAGAUUGACCAAUGCAGCUGUGAAGGUUAUUGAACUACUGUUAACUUUCUCUAGUGUUAUAGAGCAGUUUCUCAGCCCAGGCAUUAAUAUUUUGUCCACAUCAUUCUCUGUCAUGUGGGGCUAUGUGUGCACUUUAUGCUAUGGGGCUGUGUGCAUUUCCUUUUAAUUUGUUAUUUAAUUAUUUUUUUUUUUAAUUUUUGACAGGCAGAGUUAGACAGUGAGAGAAAGAGACAGAGAGAAAGAUCUUCCUUCAGUACGUUCACCCUCCAAAUGCCCUCCAUGGCCGGUGUGCUGUGCCGAUCUGAAGCCAGGAGUUAGGUGCUGCCUCCUGGUCUCCCAUGUGGGUGCAGGGCCCAAGCAUUUGGGCCAUCCUCCACUGCCUUCCCGGGCCACAGCAGAGAGCUGGACUGGAAGAGGAACAACUGGGACAGAACCGGUGCCCCAACCAGGACUGGAACCCAGGGUACCAGCGCCGCAGGCAGAGGAUUACUCUAGUGAGCCACAGUGCCAGCCUAUUUAAUUAUUUUCUAAUUUAUUUGAAAAGCAGAGUUAAAGGGAUGAGAGAGAUAGAGAAAGAGAGCGAGAGUGAGAGCAAGAGAGCGAGAGCAAGAGAGAGAGAGAUCCUCCAUCAGCUGGUUUACUCCCCAAAUGGCCACAAUGGCCAGGGCUGUGCCAAACCAAAGCCAGUAGGCUGGAGCUUCUUCCAGGUCUCCUACAAGCACUUGGGUCAUCUCCCACUGCUUUCCCGGGUGCAUUAAAGGGAGCUGGAUUGGAAGUGCAGCAGCUGGGUCUUGCAGCACACCCAAGCGGGAUGCCAGCAUUGCUGUGCCACCAUACCUACCCCUGUCUGCCUUGGUCUGGACCCUCCCCUCCCUCUGGGUGCCCUGCACACAGUGACCAGCCAGCCUGCCUUCUGUGCCGUGCUCCUCCUGACUCGUUCUCGCUGGUGCACAUGCGUCUGUCCCUGGAGGCUGCCUGUGGGUUACCUCACCCCUUCGCUGGGUGCAUCAGUGCUGCCCUUGCUGUAUCCCUUCUCAGGGGGGUGCAGGGAGCCAAUGCCCACCUCACUCUACGCCUUCAGAGUAGACUGGGGGUGAGCACCGUGGUGGUCUGCGGGUGUCGCAGGGAGCACUGGGAGUAGCCGAGCUCACUGCUGGCAGAAGAGGGGGCCCUGCCUUCUUCUUUCCUGAUAUUUCUGCUUUUCCUACCCUGUAAUGGAGUUGCUCUCACCUCUCGGUUUCUCAUAGUAUGGAUGGCUGUGCAGAGUAGGGGUGACUCCUGUGCAGCCAGGGUCAGCAGUCCAGUACCUCCUCUCGUUGGGAGUGGGUGGGAAUGCUUGGCUAUCCUGGCCUGUGGAGGUGAGACCGUGGGAGGUGUGCAGUGUGUGAAAAGGCACCGAGGAGAUCCUCAGGCCGUGGGCGCAGGGCAGUGUGGGAGCCAACUGCACGUAGGCAGGAUCAACUCGGGUUGCAUGUGCUGUGGGUUGUAUGUUCUCGAGUGACAAGUCACGAAAGAAGAAGACUUCUUGUCAUGUGGUAUAAAGGAUGUGUCCUGUCAUGGCUGUUGGCAUUGACCUUGGUCACAUGGCUGAGGCAGUGCUCUGCAGGCUUCCUCACCCCGUGGUCACUGCUGUCCUGUCACACGCCACAAGGUGGGAGGAAGCUGCAUCCUGACGCCAUCUCAUCCCUUCUGUUUUCUUCUGCACCUGCUCUCUAAUGUUUGCUUGUUUCCCAGGUGUCCCCAGGGCGUCUUCACGCAUCCAUCAGCACUUCAGUGUAUACCUGAGAGUGCUGCACUUACACCUCUCCCGAUUGUUAGAGGUAGACAUUAGAUGCGUUUCUCCCACUCCUGGAGGACACGCUUUCAAAAGCACUGCCCUGUGUGUGUCUCCGCUGUGCCUCAUGCAAAAUUCUCACAUUUAACAAAAACUGCAAUAGUCUUACGUUUGUAAGAUACUGGCCACAACCCUUGUGACAGGUGACAAAAGUUCACCACUUUUCACCCCUAUGGUCUCUUAGGAGGCAGACUUUUUUUUUUUAAGUUUUUUUUUUUUAAUUUGACAGGUAAAAUUACAGACAGUGAGAGAGAGAGAAAGAAAGGUCUUCCUUUCAUUGGUUCACUCCCCAAAUGGCCGCUAUGGCCGGAGCUACAAAAAUUGGAAGCCAGGAGCCAGGUGCUUCCUUCUGGUUUCCCAGGCGUGUGCAGGGGCCCAAGCACCUGGGCUAUCCUCCUCUGCCUUUCUGGGCCACAGCAGAGAGCUGGACUGGAAGAAGAGCAACAGGGACUAGAACCUGGCGCCCAUAUGGGAUGCCGGUGCCACAGGUUGAGGGUUAGCCUAGUGUACCAUCGCACCAGCCCCAGGAGGUAGACUUUCAACAGAGGCACAUCUUUGCCAGGGGACUCGGUCUCAGUUAAAACAUGUUCUCCUAUGUCCUUCCAACAUGCAGCCUUCCCCGCCCCAUUCACUUCCAAAACCAGGAAAGGUUCCUAAUGAUGGGAACAGGGAGGUCUGAGGGCAGCUGUUCCCAGCCCCCGCCUUCCUCCUGGGGGAAGAACACAGCCCCAGCCCGCUCCUCUGCCUGGCUCUGUUGGCCAGCCCCUGACUGCAGCGUCUAACCCCAGCCCUGGAAAGUGGGUGAGGGGAAAUGAAUCUUCCUGGGUGCAUGGCUGAGAAGGCAAGGCCUGCUUCUGGCUCCUUAAGAUGGGGUCUUUUGGAGGGAAAUUAAAAACAAAAUGCUCUAA